AAUGCCUAAAAGUAGUGAAUUUGGUUCCCAAUUGUCCAUUGGAUCCAAUUCUUCAAAGUCAUCCAAUAAGAGUGAAAGCGUUAAAGUGAUAGUCAGAUGCAGACCUAUGAGUGAUAAAGAGGUAAAGGAUGGACACAAACAGAUAAUAGACAUGUAUUGCGAUCGCGGAGUCAUUCAAAUUCAUAAACCAAAUGUCAGUGAAGAAGAAGUGCCGAAGAGUUUUACUUUUGAUGCGGUUUAUGACUGGAAUUCAAAUCAAAAUGAUUUAUACGAAGAAAUAUUUCGACCGCUCGUUGACUCAGUUCUCGAGGGUUUCAACGGAACGGUGUUUGCUUACGGACAGACCGGCACUGGAAAGACAUAUACUAUGGAAGGCGACCCCCAGAGACCCGGAGUUAUUCCCAAUUCUUUUGAACAAAUAUUCAAUUGUAUCGCUCGGUCUCAGAAUCAACAAUAUUUGGUCAGAAGUUCAUAUCUGGAGAUAUAUCAAGAAGAGAUUCGUGAUUUACUCGCUAAAGACCAAAGUGUUAGAUUUGAACUUAAAGAGAGACCCGAUAUCGGUGUCUAUGUUAAGGAUCUUUCGUCAUUUGUCUGUAAAAGUAUUAAAGAGAUCGAACACGUCAUGACUUGUGGUCAUCAAAACCGUAGUGUCGGCGCAACAAAUAUGAACGAACACUCGUCCCGAUCUCACGCCAUAUUCAUUAUAACUAUAGAACACACUGAAGAAGGUAUUGACGGACAAAAUCAUAUAAGAGUCGGAAAAUUAAAUUUAGUUGAUUUGGCCGGAAGUGAGAGACAGGCCAAGACUGGAACUGUAGGUCAACGACAAAAGGAAGCGAUUAAAAUAAAUUUGUCGUUAUCUGCAUUGGGAAACGUUAUUUCAUCGCUUGUCGACGGCAAGAGCACUCACAUCCCAUACCGAGACUCAAAGUUGACGCGUCUGUUACAAGACUCGUUGGGUGGUAACGCCAAGACUGUAAUGGUGGCCAAUAUAGGUCCGGCCAGUUAUAACUAUGAGGAAACGUUAACUACACUCAGAUAUGCAAAUCGGGCCAAAAAUAUUAAGAACAAUCCGCGAGUUAAUGAAGACCCGAAGGAUGCUUUGCUUAAAGAAUUUCAAUCAGAAAUCGUAAGACUUAAACAACAACUUCUCGAUAGAAGAAAACAAAAAGAAAAUCGAUUGUCAAAUGGCAUUAAUAUCGAAGAACAGGUGAUCCACGAGUCUAAAGAAAUUCAACCCAUCGAUACAGAAGCUGUUGAAAAACUUCAGACAAAGAUUAAAGCAAUGGAAAGCAAACUAUUAGUCGGCGGCAAAAACAUUGUCGAUCACACAAAUGAACAACAAAUACAAUUAGAAAUUAAAAACAAAGAAUUAAUUGAACAAAAAAAACGUGAGCGACAAAUGUUACAGAAAUUAGAAGAACAAGAAGAAUCUACUUUCGAAUAUAGAGAAACAUUCACUUCAUUACAACAAGAAGUCGAAAUUAAAAGACGAAAACUUAAGAAAUUAGUAUCAAAGUUGCAAUCAGUGAAGACUGAGAUCAUGGAUGUCCAGGAGUCCAAUGCACGCGAACGACGAGAAUUGGAACAAAUGCAAAAUGAUUUGAUGAAAGAACUUAAAUUAAAAUAUAUUAUUAUUGAUAACUUCAUACCAAUUGAGGAAAAGAACAAAUUGUUGAGUCAUAUUGUUUUUGAUGAAGAAGAAGAUGACUGGAAGAUCAAAAAGAGUUGCAAUAAUACCGACGGUUCUUAUCUAUGCAAACGUCCCAACUCUUGCUUUGCAUUUCGUUAUCCAACUUCAGAAUUUGCACGAAUGGCACAAGAAGUUGGUUCUGGUUUGAGAUACCGGUGCGAAAAUAUAAUGGAUUGUGAACUUGAAUUAAGUAGUCGUAUGACUAAAGAUUACACGGCUCCCCGUUUGUCACCACGAGUUAGGGCAGCCCUAGAAAAUGCACUCAAACGUGAAGAUGAUAUUGACGUUGAAAUCAGUUCAAUACCUGCGCCGACAUCACGAAAAAAAGGGAAGAAAAAGGAGACAAACGGAAAUGUUUUGCGUCCUUUGACUGCCUUUAAGAUAUCAAAUCGAAAUGAAUCUCGAAAUUUAUCGGAACGGCCGGACACUGCCGGUGCCAAUCAGUCCUAUCCAACGGCCAGAGGACUCAUUCGCAAAUAAAUUCAUUCAAUUAUUUUGUUUCA